AUGGCCUUGGACCUAUGGCUCGAGCCAUCGGCCAUUGCCCUCGCAGAGGACUUUUGCGCCAGCCUGGAGCCUCCCGGAUGGAUCUGCAAGAAUGGUUUGCUCGCAAACCUCCGGACAAUUGCCGAUGAGUUCUGCAACGGCCAGAAGCUGCGGGCCAUGCGGAUCCUCGUUGCUGGGCCGCCGAACUCGGGAAAGACGAAUCUAGCCCAGGCUGUGGCGGAUCACUUCAAGGUGCCGCAUCUAUCCUUGCCCGAAGAGUUGGGCAGCACGGAUCUGGACAAAACGAUAUCGCAGAUCUCCUCCAGCGUGUGCCACUUCCGGGGGUACGUCCUCGAUGCAGGGGGCAUCGGUUUCGCAGAGGCGGAGAAGCUGUUCCGGUACGACAUAGAGGUGCCGAAGACGGAGGAGGAGCAGGAGGCUGAGCCAGAGGGCGGAGAGCCAACGCCGCCGAAGAUUGAGCGCAGGCUCAACGAGGAGACGUGCCCGGCCAUGGUGAUCAUCACACAGGCGCCGGCCGCUACCUGCAAGGCUCGAUGGCAGAGCAGCGGUGCUUCGCUCGAGGCUUUCGAGAAGUCCAUGCAGGCCUAUGUCAACAACAACCUCACGCAGGAUGUGCACAGCCUGCAAGACUUCUUCCAGGAUGUCGCAGGCAAAGGCGUGCUCAACCUUCCCAUUGACGGCAAGGACGAGGAGGACAUCUUCGAAAGUGCUCGGAUAUACAUCGAGCGAAAUGGGCGGCCGUACAAUUACCUGACUCCCGAAGAAGAGGUCUCGCGCCAGAUUCGUGAGCGUCGGGCAGAGAAAGCCAAAGCAGCUGCCGAGGCUGCAGAGUCCAUGAAGCAAAAGGAUGACAGCAGUGCAGAGAAGAGGGAGGAGCAAAGGCAUGCAGCCCGCCUCCGCAUCGUCGCGGACCAUGAGGCUGCACAGCAGAAGCUUCGGGAUCUGCCCCUGCGUGAGUACCUUAUGCAGUACAUGGUGCCCAAUCUCACGGAAGGCCUCGUCGAGGUCUGCAAGGUGUUGCCAGAUGAUCCUGUGGAUUACCUGGCGAACUACCUGGAGGAGCAUGCCGCACAACUGGCGGCUCCGAAGCGAUGA